AUGAGCUUGGGAAAGUUGCCUGCGAUUAAAGGACUGGUCACCACAUCAAACAAUAAUCGGCGCUUUAAAAGCGACCUGUCAGUGGACAUGAUCAGUCAGCCGCUCGGGGACUUCCGCCACACUAUGCACGUUGGCCGCGGCGGAGACGUCUUCGGUGACACCUCAUUUUUAAGCAACUACGGCGGUUCAAAGAACAACGAAGGGCCGGGGAAUCCGGAUUCACCAUCCGGCUCAAAAACAACAAGAUUUUUCUCGCGCACACUUCGACACGUACGGAAAAACCCGCCGCCUCGGCUGAGAGGGGGGUCACAUGACUUCACCUCCCCUCCCCCGCCGAUCUCACCCAUCACUAAAAACGUCAUCUCUCUGCCUCAGCUGAACCUGGACACUUCCAAAGACCACCGCAAGAGGGCGCUACUACCCAUCUCCAUCAGUUCACCUGCACAGUCGCUCUGCUCGUACGGUCUUCAUUCUGGUUUUGUCACACUGCCUCGCUUUUCCCGGCUUGAUCAAAACUUUGGAGAAACAUCUGGAACGCUCUUCACAGACCACAGGCGGAGUUCACUGCAGGAGAACAGUGACGUGACGCUGACACGCUCUGAUUCGCUCACGUCCUUCACUGUGGACCUCGGCCCCUCCCUCAUGAGUGAAGUUCUGAGGUUGAUUGACAGCUCCAAUAGUCUCUUUAGUAGCAGUAAGAACUGGGAGAGAGAGGAAGAGGAGGACGAGUCAAGCUCAGUGUUAGAGAUGGAGAGCCCAUCCAUCUCUUCUGCAGACAGUGUGAGGGUCUCUGUGAGCAGCAGGAGGCGCUCUGACACCUCACACGAGACUCAGCAGGAACAUGAUGAUGAUGAUGAUGAUGAUGAUGAUGGUAAACAGCCGAUGACAGAUACGUCACUCAGUUGUCCAAUCCGAGCUGAGGUGAGUAUGGAGCCCAGGAGGUGCCAGCAGGCUGCUAAUGUGCUAGCGUGUCACUUUGGAGACGGCAGCAGUCUCUUAAAGGAGCAUCGACCUGAAGAAGACAAAAACAGACCUUCAUCAUUCUGCCGCAUAAGGGUGCCACUCACCUUUUCUGAGACAGAAGAAGAAAUCAAAGUAUAA